GGCCCUGUGUCACCCCGCUUCCCACCCUUGCAGGAGAUUGUCAACUUCAACUGCCGGAAGCUGGUGGCCUCGAUGCCCCUGUUUGCCAAUGCCGACCCCAACUUUGUCACGGCCAUGCUGACCAAACUCAAGUUUGAGGUCUUCCAGCCGGGCGACUACAUCAUCCGUGAGGGGACCGUGGGCAAGAAGAUGUACUUCAUCCAGCACGGCGUGCUCAGCGUGCUCACCAAGGGCAACAAGGAGAUGAAGCUGUCCGAUGGCUCCUAUUUCGGGGAGAUCUGCCUGCUGACGCGGGGCCGGCGCACGGCCAGCGUGCGCGCUGACACGUACUGCCGCCUCUACUCCCUGAGCGUGGACAACUUCAACGAGGUGCUAGAGGAGUACCCCAUGAUGCGGCGGGCCUUCGAGACUGUCGCCAUCGACCGCCUGGACCGCAUCGGCAAGAAGAACUCGAUCCUGUUGCACAAAGUGCAGCACGACCUCAACUCCGGCGUGUUCAACAACCAGGAGAACGCCAUCAUCCAGGAGAUCGUCAAGUACGACCGCGAGAUGGUGCAGCAGGCCGAGCUGGGCCCACGCGUGGGCCUCUUCCCGCCGCCGCCGCCGCCCAAGCUGUGGCCAUGA